AUGAGCUGCUCCGAUGUGAUGUAUCAAUAUUAUCCUUACCUCUACCAGACCCAUCGGCCACCGCCGCCGCAUCCGACCCACCCUCAUGCGGCCCCGCACAGCCACCCCCAUGCCAAUCCGCACGCGGCCCACCACAGCCCAGCCAGGCCGGCGCCCUUUCAACCCUUCCCGGCGGCCACGGCGACGCAUCAGUACGACAGGCUGAAUGUUCACCAAAGGUCCCUAGAAGCGGCCGGUAUCGAGCUUUGCGGCGCCGGCGGAAGUGUCCCUCAAGGUCAGCCGAGCAGCGCGGGUUCCGUAGGGUCCGCGCCGAGUCCUGCGUCCCCAAGGCCAACGCCGCAAUCGCGGCCGCCCCUCGCAACCACCACCUCGCAACCCUCGCGAACGUUGGACGACGACAGAUCGACAGACGGCGUGGGUGCCGGCACGACCGAGGACUCCGACGACGGCGAGAGCAGAGCGCAGUAUGUUAAUGCGAAUUGCGUCGUGUUCACGCAUUAUCGGGGCGACGCGGCGUCCGAGGUGGAGGAACACUUUCAGAGGGCCCUCGCACACGACAAGUUAAAGGAAAAUAUCUCCCCCAUGUCCAUGAGGAACUUUCCCCCUUCCUUUUGGAAUAGUCAGCAUCCCAGUGAUGUCUACGAGUACCCGACGGAUCCGUGGCAUCCGCAUUACCCGCAGUACCAUCACAGGGCCGUGCACGAGUACCAUCACCACAAUAUGGCAGCGGCGGCGAGCUACAGUGGCCUUCUGCUGGGUGGUGCACGCGGCCUCGGCCACCACACGUCUCACCACGCGGCGCAUCACGCGCACGCCGCGGCGACCUACAAGGAGUGGACGUCGACGACGCCGUCGCAGUCCCUCGUCGACGCUUCUUCGGCGCCACCCUAUCCUCACGGCCACUACGCACCCCUCUCCGGACUCGAGUCUCAAGUUCAGGAUUCCAAGGACCUCUACUGGUUCUAGGAUCGAGCGUUGGAGAUCGGCAGGAGGCAUGCGGUUUCCUUAAAUUCAGAGGACGACUGAAGGAUUGUGUUUCGAUUAAUAAGAAAAUUUAAUAA